ACUACGAGCACGCAAUAAUAUCAAAAUCGUUGAAUGUGGCGCAAUCAACCGUCACCAAAGUAGAAUGUAUUUUGACUAGAUUAGACUAGACAGCCGGGAUCUGGGUAGAUCCACAUCCGGGAGACGCAGUGACGAACAGAAGAGUGGCUAGCACUUUCAAGCGAAACUCCAAUCUCUCCGUUGGAGAUGUCACCAAUAAGUUGGGAAUAUCGUCUACAAUCUGUAACCAGUGCGUGGGUGAGAAGCCCAAGGUCAGUGAGAAUCAUCGACAUACAUGUAAAUGUACACAGGAAGCGCUGUGGGGAGUGGAGGCGGACCGUACCUUACACCACCGACGCCAUACGCAAAUAAUGGCUAGGUAAUGGUCGAGUAAGAUGCUCACCAACAGAGGGCGCUUAUUGAAACGCACAGAUGGGCAGCCAUAGGCGGGCUUCGAAAGCGGCGCAAUGGGGCGGAAUCCCAGGACGGAGCCGAAAGUUCAGAUCCGGGGCGAUGACCUACAGCUACGACAAUCACUCCACAAACAACGUCCAUACCAUACGGUUCAACCGAUAGUGCGUACAGUGAAAAAUAAUCACACUACAACCAGGACCCCUUUAUGUUUGUUGGAUUUAAACCCUUCCACUGGAGGACAGCAGCUAGUCUGGAGAAAGCCAACAGUUAAGCUAGGCAAAUCCCAAGAGGCCCCGUCACGACAGCGUAGCAGUUUCCACCACACCCAGGCAGCCGUCAACGCCGGGUGGUCCGACAGUACACCACAUCCAGGUAACCGUCAACACCUGGUGGUCCGGAAAUCGGAAGGGUCAGCCGAAGAAGAACCACGCCAAAAGUCGACCGUGUUACUCACCUUGCGCCGCAGCGUAGUUCAACGGAAGUAGGCGGAAGGGAGUGCGGUGCUGGGGCAGCCCCGGAGUUCAUCAUUGGCAGUCAUCGUCAAGGUAGGAAGAGCCUAUGUUAUAGUGGAAUCUUAGUGGUAGAAACCAUCUUGUCGACCCAUCAACCCAAUAAACAACAAACGGGGAAAGUUCGUUUUCACAAAGCUCAGUGUUUUCUUGUGCUAGCUAGAUUGCGGAUAGCCGACCCUGAGGCAUAUUGAGGGCGGUUCUCAUAGGUGCUGGGCAGGCUAACUCACCCUUAGGUUAUCCCUUAGGUUAUAAAUCCUGAGUGAAACUUUAAAACGAUCCGGACUAUCGACUUGUAAGAAGGUAGUGACUGCUGGCCGCAAUGAAAAGCAAAUCCUUACGGCAAAAACAAGCUCUCGGAAGCUGUAUACGACACUGUUGACAAAGUUUGAUUGCGUGGUAAUGGACGACGAAACCUACGCCAAGGCAGAUUUCAGACAGCUUUCGGGACAGGAAUAUUUUCAGCAACCAGAAAAUUUACGCGAAAGGAUGUCUCCAAAAGCAUUUGCUGCCUUUCCUGAAAAAAACAUGACUUGUCUGUGCUGUUUUGGUCGGAUUAUGCAUGAUUAUGCACCUUCAGGUUGUGCCCAAGGAUGAGAACCCUCCCAACCAGGGGGAUGGCAUCCCUUUGUCAUUGAAUUUGACGAAAAUCAAAAUUAUAGGCCCACGAUUUUGCGGGCCCAUAACAAACCUGACAUUUUGCUGUCAAGGAACCGGACUAAAUGUCAAAUCCUAGAGAAUUAUGAAUGAUUGCACUGGCGUCUGCAGCAAAGGAAGUGGAUUUUGCGGCAAAGGAAGUGCGGCAAAGGAAAUGUGAUGACAGGCGUAAAACGAAAGGCUCGCUAAUUUGGACUAGGUCAACCGGAAUCUUAACUGAGCAAUUUUCCGUCUUUUACAUAUUAAACUUCAAAAUGAAAGAUACUUUGAUUUUUUUUGUUAUUUGUUUAUUUUCAUCAACAGAUCACAUAUUGAUCCAAAUGAUAGGUUAAAAAUUAAAGACGAAUUACAAUUACACGGAAUUUACCCUAUACUAUACUUAAAACACUAAGGAUUCUUUUUCGGAAUAAUUCCCUCGAAACGUCAAAACCAAAAUGAUCGGAGAAGCGGUUAAACGUCCUUAUUGCACCAAUUAGCGCUGUAUUAGCUCCGUAGUUAUUCUGUCGGAGAGGAGCAAAGAGCUAGAGAUUACGAUUCCUCAAGCCUCGGGAUCGCACGCUGAGUUGGAGUGCUUCUAGCAGUGCAGGGCAGUCGGUUCUAGACAGGUCUUGCCAGUUCAAGUUCCGGAGAGCGAAGCGCCAAAAAACGCCUCUGGAUGGCCUCGAUACGCUCCGAGCCAUUUUGGUAGUAGGGGCACCAUACAGCCAAGGCAUAUUCGAGGGACGAUCGAACCAAGCUGCAGUAAAGACUCUUGAGACAAUAAAUAUCCUUAAAGUCUUUUGUCAUGCGCAAUAAAAGACCCAGGCAUCUGGAAGCUUUAUCGACGAUGUAGUUUGUGUGGACCUUGAAAUCCAGCCGUUCGUCCAGGAUCACACCAAGGUCUUUCACAUGCUCAACUCGUGCAAUUGCCUCAUGUCCAAGAAAAUAAUCAGCGGAUAGCGAUAGCCGCUUGCGUGAAAACGAAAUUACCGUACAUUUGUUGCGAUUCAAGGGAAGGCAAUUGACAUCACACCAGGCGGCGAAGAUGUUAAACUGGCUCUGCAAGAUGUUGACAUCUUCGGGGCUGUUGGUGGAUUGAAACAAUUUCAAGUUGUCGGCAUACGCCAGUUUUGGUCCAUCGAGAAGCAGCAGCACGUCGUUGAAGUAGAUCAGGAAUAUGAUGGGUCCUAGGUGGCUCCCUUGAGGUAAUCCAGAAGAGGCAGGGAAUUGAUUGGAAAAUGAUUCACCUGAUCGUACAAUAAGUUUCCGUCCUACCAGGUAGCUAUGGAACCAUUCCAGUAAAGAGCCGCAAAUACCGAUACGAUCUAGUUUGGCUAUGGCUAUUUUGUGGUUUACCUUGUCGAAAGCUGCGGUCAUGUCGGUGUAGAUCACAUCGGUUUGAGAUCCCAUGGCAAAACUGUCUUGCACGGAAGAUGUGAACGUCAACAGGUUUGUUGUCGUAGAGCGUUUGGGCAUGAAUCCAUGUUGUUCGUUAGAGAAAUAAAAAUUACAAUACGAGAAAAAUGGAUCUAAUACAACCAGCUCAAACAGUUUGGCGUUCGCACAUAGGGUAGAAAUACCGCGAUAAUUUGCGCAAUUUGCGAAUGAUUAGAGGCCUUAGGUUCGAAAAACAAAACAAUCAAGAUAAACGAAAACGGCAAAAUUGCGAUCAAAAAAUAUUUUAUUUAUCGGUCUCGUAACUGAAAGAUUCGAGUACCUUAUUCUACGGUUUGGUGAUCUGGAGAAGGAUUUUGCCCAGCCAUCGAUCGGGAUCAUAGCACAAAAGUUGCAGGAAUGUUUCUGAAUUGCGAGGUAAUAAUUCCUUUAUGUUUGAUAUUGAACGUACAGUAACAUAUUUUUUUACAUUUUAUAGGUUUUUCCGCUAAAUUGUAUCCGGAACAGAAUGUCAUCAUUUGUUGCGAAAAGAAAACGUCCGCCGAAAUGCUAAAACCAGCUGGGAAAUCACUAAGAAUCUGGGAACAUUACAUGAAACCUCGGAAGCAGGAAGUUUUCAAUUCAAGGUAGAAUCUACUGGUGCGAAAUACUCGAAUGCUGACUGGAACUGAAGAAUGGAUAUAAUUAUA